AUGCGAAACUUAAAAAGUCCACCUACGCAAAAGUCGUUGCAGGCCAAUCUGCAUAGAUCUAAAGCAGCCACAGCCGAACUUCUUCAGGCAGCAUUGGACAAAAGAGUGUCGGUCGCCCUUGUGCAAGAACCAUAUGUGGGAAGAAACGGCGUGAUCAAGCAACAUCCAGGCAUUCGAGUCAUCCAAUGCACCCUCAACAGGAGGAAACCGGUGAAAGCCGCUGUGAUAGUUUUUGGCAACCAGUUGAGAGUCAUACACGACCCACAGCUAGUGACCGAAACCGAAGCAGCGUCCUCCUGGUUAUAUGGAGUGCUGUUCCGACGGAACAAGGAGGCGGCCUUCUCCAACUACAGGCUGUGGGAGAGCGCUGGCUUCGUUGUUGCAUACGCCUACUCGACACAUUUGUGCGCCAGGAUGAAGCUGUAUGUAAUGAUGGUGGUUCUCCUCAUCGGAUUCAUCGGUUACAUCAUCGUGGAGAUUCUUCACAAGAGAAAGGCGCGUCGCCUCAAGGCAAUCGCCGAGAAUCCGGUGGCAGCGGCUGAGGCUGCAAAGCAACCGCCAGAGGAAGACGACGAGAAGGACGAAAUCGAUGACGACAUCAUUAUCACACACCUG